AUGGCGUCAAAAUGGUCACACAGCCCUUUAUCUACGCAAAGUCAACUUGGCGAUAUCGGAUUCGAUUAUCGUGAUCUCGACCAUGCCCCGGCAACCUCACAAGGUACUUUCCUCAAGGGCUCAAAGGAGGGCGUGGAACCCUUAGAGGAGUAUCAAGAAGGCGGCUAUCACCCAGUCCACCUUGGAGAUGUGCUUGGCCCAUCGGAUCGCUAUCGAGCCAUCCAUAAACUCGGUCAUGGAGGUUUUGGGACUGUGUGGCUUUGUCGAGACUCGGUAGAAACCCGUUAUGUUGCCCUCAAGGUCGUGGCCAGUGAUCUGAAGUCCGACGAGAUUCUUGACUUCAGCUUGGCGGAGCUUGAUCAAUCAAUGCCAGGCGCCCAGUUCAUCGCGACUCCACUCGAUUCAUUCUCCGUUUAUGGCCCAAAUGGGACCCAUCAGUGUCUGACACUGCCACCACUUGGCCCUUGUGUUUCGCCUCGUUUAAGGAUGAUAUUGGAGGACCCUGCUGCUGUCCUGCGGAAAUUCGCCCAUCAGACUACGCAGGCGUUAGCCUUUUUGCACAAGAAUCAGAUCUGUCAUGGAGACUUUCGCCCAUCUAAUAUUUUAGUCAAGCUGGGCAACCUGGAUCACCUCUCUGAGGAUGAGCUCCUCUCUCUGAUAGGGCACCCUGAGGAAGUCCGAGUGCAGACGGAAUCAGGAGAAGAGCUCCCAGCAUCUAGCCCUAGAUACCUUGUGCAGCCUGCAGACAUCUCCCGCCUCGGGAAUGAAUUCCUAACUGAGGAGAUUUGUGUCAUUGACUUUGGCGAGUCUUUCAAGUUCUCAUCACCACCAGAGGACCUUGGUAUUCCAGAGAACUACCUGCCACCAGAGAUCCUUCUUGAACAGCCUGAUAUGAUUGGUCCGGCCUGCGAUCUUUGGGCUCUUGGCUGUACACUGUUCGAAAUUAGAGAACAGCUCCCUCUAUUCUACAUGAUCUAUGACAAGGAUGAGUUACUGGCAGAGAUGGUGAGGUUCUUCGGUAAACUCCCAGAAGAUUGGUGGGCGAAAUGGGAGGCGCGGGAGGAAUACUUUGACGCGAAUGGAAAGUGGCUUCGGGAAGAAGACUGGUCCCUUGAAGCGGCGCUGAGCAAACCAAUCGAGAUCUUCGAAUCGGGCGAGAAGUACAAAGAGGGACCGAUCAAGUCAUUACAGACACCUGAGGCCGAACAGAAGUUGAUGGCGGAUCUUCUGUAUAGGUUGUUCAAGUAUGGUCCUAAAGAACGGAUUAGUGCAGAAGACGUUCUUGGACAUGAAUGGUUUAGACUAUAG